AGUAGAGAAAUUAAAAAUCUUAAAGUCGAAACUCAGAAUAUUUAUUAAGAUACCUGUGAAAAUUAUAGAUCUGUAGGUAGUGAAUUUACUUAUAAAAUACUUUACGUUAUAUUUGUUAUAAUUUAUAAUAUAAAUUCGUGUGAGUGUUUGUAAGAAUUGAGAUUUUUAUUAAAUAAACAACUGUUUAACAUCAUAUAAAAAUGGCAGAUACAGCAUCAAGUAAUUCAAUGCACAUGGAAAAAGGUUGGGGUGCUUUGAGGCAACAUAUCAUUGACAAUAAGAUUAAAGCCGCAUUAUGGGUUACAAGACUUUUCACUAUUAUAUUUACUAUUGGUUAUAUUAUUCAAAUAUUUGGCAAUCCUUAUAAUAUUUAUUAUAAAAUAUUAAUGAAUAAUGCAGCUACUAGUGCAUUACGUCUUCAUCAAAGAGUACCACAUGUUCAACUUAAUAGGCAAUUUUUAGAACGUUUAUUUGUUGAAGAUUCUUGUCAUUAUUUAUUAUAUUCUUUAAUAUUUCUUUAUACAGCUCCUGUUACAUUGGUGUUAACUCCUAUAUUUUUAUUUGCAUUAAUGCAUUUUGCUAGUGAUUCUCUCACAUUGCUUGAUUGUUUAGGACAAAAUAGUUGGUGGGGAGCACGUCUUUUAAUAUCAUUAAUAGAAUUUCAAUCACGAAAUAUUUUACGAUUGUGUGGAUUAUUUGAAAUAAUUAUUUUGCCAUUCACAGUUCUUCUUGUAUUUACGGGCCGUGCUAGUUUAUUAACACCAUUUAUUUACUUCCAAUUUUUAAAAUUCCGUCUUGCAUCACAAAGAAAUCCAUUCACUCGCAAUGUUUUUUAUGAAAUUAGAAAUGGUUUAAGUUCUGUCUCAAGAAAACCAACAGUGCCAAUUAUAAUACGACAAAUAAUUGAAGGUUUACUGUCACUUACACAACAAAUGGCUCCUCUUCGUCAGUAACUUUUCAUUUUAAAAAGAUGUAUUAAAUUAUCAAAACAAAUUUUCUAGGGUUUAGGGUCCAUAUAAUAAUAAUUUCAUAUAAUAAAAUGACAAAAUGAGUGCAAAUGUAAACUACAAACUUAUGAUCUGUUAUCUCAAAAUGAACACAAAUGACAAACAUAAUUUUCUGAAAUUUUCAUUAAUAUUUGUACUCAUUUUUGAAUGCAGUAAAUAAUAACAUUUUUGAAAUUGUUUCAUACAAUUUAUUAAUAAAUUAGAUUUAGAAUUUAUUUACUAAACAUUAAA